GCCGAAUGUGGCAUCAGGAUAAUUUUUUCCUGUUUUUCCAUCCUUUGAAUGUGACAUGUAGGUUUGUUUUUGCAGAAUUAAUGAAACUCAGCUGAAUGGUGACAUUGCUGUCCUUUGCAAUCGUGAAAAUGCUGAAGGUGCCGGAGCACCAGGUGGCGGGUCACAUGGCAAAGAACGGCGUUCUGGGUCCGCUGGUGGACGAUUCUGGAAAGUUCUACAAGCCACUGCAGGACAACGACAGGGGCUCCGCCGAGCUCUCCUUCUACACCUCCCUCGCCGUCCCACCCUCCAUCCGCUCCUUCUUCCCGGCAUUCCACGGCACCGCCGUCGUCCCCGCCUCCGACGGCUCCGGUCCCCACACCCACCUCCUCCUCCAGGACCUCAUCGCCCCCUACACCAAACCCUCCGUCAUGGACGUCAAAAUCGGCUCGCGAACCUGGCACCUCGGUCACUCCGAAGACUACAUCGCCAAAUGCCUCAAAAAAGACAGAACCUCCUCAACCGUCCCCCUCGGCUUCCGACUCACCGGCGUCAAGGACUCCCUCUCCUCCUGGGAACCUUCCAGAACCUUCCUCCAGACUCUCUCCGCCGAGGGCGUCGCCCUGGUCCUCCGCAAAUUCGUCUCCUCCUCCAACUCUGACGAUUCCCGUUCCGACCCCGAUUGCGACUUUGCGGCGGAGGUUUUCGGCGCCGUCUUGGAGCGGUUGGUGGAGCUGAAGGCGUGGUUUGAGGUUCAGACUCUGUAUCAUUUCUAUUCAUGUUCUGUUCUGGUGGUGUAUGAGAAGGAGAAGGGGAACGCCAAGCCUCUGGUCAAACUCGUUGACUUUGCUCAUGUUGUUUCUGGGAAUGGUGUGAUUGAUCAUAACUUCUUGGGUGGCCUAUGUUCCUUCAUCAACUUCAUCAGGAACAUCCUUCAAGCUCUGCAUCAAUUUCCAGGUACUGCAAUUUUUUAUGGAUUUUAUUCUUAGACAUCUGAACCUUUGGAUACUUUUACAAUCUUUAAUUCUUAUGAACUCAUUUCCUGAUUGUUACUUGUCCAAACCCACAAACAACUAACUGGGUUGUGUACAAAGACUCUUCAGAAGCACUGAUUGAUCUACCAUUGAAUAAACUUGUUUGAUACCUUUUGCCUUUUCAAAAUUUGAACCUGAAUUCUUGAUUGAUAUUUGAUGUAAUAUGGAUUUCUAAGACCAUAUUCUCUUGUAAGUUAUGAAAACUUUCAAGAAUAUUGCUUUUGAAGAUUACUUCUAAAUUUAUGCUUUUUCUGCUUGCUUUUCAAUAUUGCAUGAAUCGUCUGAUAUUUGGGUUGCCCUGUUUGCAUCAAUGCUUAAUGGUCCUGUUAAGUUUUUUAUUCCAACCACAUACCAGUUAUGAGCUUGUUGCUUCUGAAGUUACCCUUUUUUAACUUUUGAACAGUGCAAAUAUCUUAAUCUCAGUUUACUGUUUAGUUUGCAUCUUCUUACUAACAUGCAACUUCUAAUCUUGCUACUCUUUAACCAAAUCCUUCUUCUCACAAAAUUUAUAAUCCUACUACAUCUUUUAUCUUCUAAAUCAGCUUCUAUUUGUCUCCUGUUCUUGAAUUUUAUUCUCUUGGACCAAAAUUACAUUCAUAUCUCUCAAUGGCAUCUUAUAUGUUUGAGUUUUCAUUGUUUUAAUGGGAGGUCACUUGGAGUUAAGUUCUUUUUAGGCUUAAUCAUGGAAGAUAGGGUUUUGGUUCUUAUUUUGUAACAUCUCAGUGGUGUUUUGGCUUCUUUUCACUCCAGUUAUAUGGUGCAAAUUUUCCUUCCCUAAAACUUUCACAAUUAAAAUCAAGGUCAUUAAUAAGGGUGAAGGGCCUAGCAGAACAGUUUUCCUCUGUUACAAACAUUCAUUUUUAUACAUUUUUUCUCAUGCCAUAAUUGAGACAAUGGUUGACCACUGCUUUAGGGAAUUAGUUGAGA